AUGAAACUUUACAAGUUCAUUCAACAUUCCACGACGCUCCUAUCCCUCAUUCCAACACCAAACAAGUAUCUUGCAACCACUCGACUCACUGGUGUUGCACAUGAUUCACGCACGCCAGUACCAGCAGCACUCCAAGCAUGCCCAGAAUCUCGCAACAUCCUCCAAGGCAAGCGUGGAUACCAGAAGAUCGAACGAAAUCCCCGUUGCCAAAUCUUCAACAAAGCCGGCACAAAAGCCCUUGACGAGAUUUUUGAUGCCACUGAUGAGGAUGUUGGUGAGGAUGAGGAAUUUAGGGGAGACCUCACGUCGGUGCCUCGCCAUGUGUGGGUCAACUUCGACCUCGACCUAAUCGACAUCGGCGAGGGUCGUCAUCUCGGCACUCACUCUUUUGUUGGGAGACACAAUGCUGCUGUCAAGCGUCUCAAGUUCAAACGCACCGAUUGGUGCUUCGUCGAAGACGAGUAUCCAUUUGGGAAGAGGUAUAAAAAUCUGGAGGCGGUCUACGUGCAGUGUCCACCAGGCAACCCUUCGAAGUGGAGAGAAGGUGUCGUGGAGCUGGGCUGGGUUUGCAACCCGGCGAACGUACAUCUCAUUCCCUAUUCGACUUGGACACGUAGGAAAUAA